UAUGCGCUGCUGAAGGAAGAGGAGAAAAGUACAGACCAGGAAGUGUUGCGACUGCAUUGUCGGUCAUUCAAAGAAACCGAGCGGAUAUUUUAAGUUUAAAGAAUAACGUGCCAUCUUUUAUCGAGGACUAAAUUCAAACCACCAGAAACGGAGUCAUGGGGGUCGUUGAUCCGAAUAGUACGGACCAGAUAGAUGUGGAAGCUGCCCAGGAGGUGGAUCGAGUUAAAGCUCUACAGUCUCAAGUGGAUGGGGUAAAAGAUAUUAUGACCCAGAAUGUGGAUCGGAUCCUGGCUCGUGGAGAAAGGCUUGAUGAUCUGAUGGGGAAAUCUGAAGACCUGCAGGCUGGGGCCCAAAACUUCAAACAGACCUCACAGAAGGUUGCUCGUGCUUACUGGUGGAAGAAUGUGAAAUUGAUUGUGCUUAUUGUUGUGAUCGUCCUUGUCAUUGUUCUGGUUAUCAUAUUCCUUGCUACUGGUGUGAUUCCAACAAGUUCAGCUGCAACCAAACCCACUCUGAAACCGCCUUAAGGUUACACAGACACAUACUCCGAAACAAUCACGACAUCAUAAUUUACACAUACACCCAAACAAACACUUAAAUUUGCACAUUUUGGUCAUAUUCCUUCAAAUUCAAUAGUAUCUCAGCACCUUAUAAAUACAGUAACAGAGUUUCCCUAAUGACAGCUUUAAAACCUUGAAAUGGAGGAUAUUAUAUAAUCAUUCUAAAAUCCAUUUGAGCUGCUUUUAUGGUUCUCUAAAACCUGUAAGAUAACGUCUCAACCUAAUAAUAUUACAUUCCGUUCUUAAGGUAUCUUUAAAAUAAUCAUAUACACUGGCUUUGAAUGAAGGUAAUGGGCAAAGUUCUGUCUAUGAAUUCUGAAGUUAGAUUAAAUUAAUUGUUACUAGUAAUUAUACAAUACUUUUAGACCUCCAAAAGUUUGUAUUUUGUAUGUGACGGGUCACUGUCUUUGCACCUUUGUUAUUUUCUCAAUUAUAUGUUGUUUGUCAAAGGUCAACCAAGUAUGUUUUAUUAAAACUGUUAAGAGGUAGAAUUUCAUUGUCUUAAGGAAAUUUUAUUUAAUUAAAGGCACAAUACGUAAAUUUCGCCGCUAGAAGAUGGAAAAGAGUAACACAGGCGUGGCCUGAACAUGAAGAUUUAUGGCCGUUACGUUAUAAUGUGGUGCAACGGUUCCACAUUUUUUUAUUGAGAAUCACUGUUUUGCCAUGUAUGUUCGACUGAUUGCAGAGCUGCACAGAACAGUUGUUGAAUAUCUCAAAGCAUUGCGAGAGUGACUCCACAGUACUGCUUUUAAAAGCCUCUUGCGGUACUUAAAUGUGUUAUUACAUUCGGUUUAUGCAUCGCACAUGAAUUUGAACACACUGAUGCUCUCAAAGGCAGUAAAAGUGUAUACACAAUACACAAUGAGAAGGGACAUUACGCUGGUUAAAAUUGCUAAUUUCUUUGGAUUCAAACAUUGUUGGGAUAAUGUAAGUAAUCGCAUGAACAAAACUGGAUUUGCGAAAAAUUUAAAUGUUGUGCCUUUAAGCUAAUUUUUGGGAGUUAAUUUUGUUUCUCAAAUUAUUACUGAAAAUUGAUAGUGGCCCAAGCUCCAAAACAAAUAUGCAGUUUCUCCUCCAACAGAAUGAAUGAAAGAGCCUGUGAACAAGGUCAUCUAGUCUUUUUCUGUCUGUUUAAUGGUCUUUGUUCUCCAGCUGAAUUUGCUUUUUGCCUUUCCUCAUCAUAUCACUGCACUGAAUAUUACAUGCACAGAUACAGUAAAAUGUGCAGUGAAUACUGUAAUCAUAUUUUGAAUGUACUGCUUUAAACAUUUAGCCAAAGUUUGGCCCUGCUCUGUGGAAGCAUUUUUGAAAACCUCUUUGUCUUUGUUCUUUGUCUUUCUGCAAAGAACAAGUCAAGGAGGAAUAUUUCACUUUACUGUAAUGUCCAAUUGCUAACUGCUAAGUCUUGACAUAUCUGUUUUAGCCAAUGAAAAUUAACCCUCCCCGAAUGUACUUAAAUCGCCUCAAACAUCAUACCCCACAUAUCAUUUGUAGUUUCACAAACAUUCCUGGUCUUAUUAUAAGCUGAUCAUAUUUAAAUCUGCUGAGUAGCUGUACGAACUUUGCUUUGAGGUCAAGAUGUUUUCUUUAUAUUAUAAGACUUAAUUGUUGGUUUGAAUGUUUGUAUCCUGAAUCUCGUGAUGUAUUUCCAUUAGCUUUCAUAUUUUUAUUUUAAAGUAUUAGUCUCCCUUACUAUAAUUGUUAUACACAAGUCAUUAAUUAUUUUUCUUCAAAUAAUUCUACUCAAAGUUAUCGUUUUAAUCACAUCUGUGAACUUGGUACUCCAUAUAAUGAAAAGAUCACCAAAACUUAAAUUCAUUCGUCUGUGCUCUUUUGUUUCACAAAAAUGAAUGUUUGUGCUGGUUUUGUGGUUAUUUACUCCAGUUAUGAGAUGCUUAACUUAAUGAAGAAAUUGUAAACCCUUGAAGUGCCUUGAAAAUAAAUUCUUAGAGGGUACAUAUGACUUGUAAUAUCUUAAAAAAGCUAUAUUUUCUCAAUAAAUGUUUAAUCUUUCAUUGCAA